AUGGAUGGAUCAGUGGAGGCUCCAGAACCCCAGAUUAAUGGCGUGAAGCGACCGUCGCUCGAUGUCGAGAGUUUGCAGCGCAAGAAGUUCAAGACCGAAGAGCUGCCCUUGACUUCGGCGCAACACGAAGUGGUCGACGAGUUGCUGCACAGCUUCAAGAAAAAGGGAGGCUUCGAUCAUAUUCGCAAGAAGGUCUGGUCGGAAUUUCAUGAUGGUGAGGGAAAAGUCGAAUUUACGAACCUACUCACCGACUUAGCUGAGUCCGAGAUCGAGCGCGAACCUCAACUUCUUUCUAGAGAACAGGGCAAGGCCGCAACCUUGAUUGAGGGUGCUGUGGACCGCAGCGAUGUGUAUAAGACGGUCGAGAAGAGUUUGGAUGCGCUGGCCGCACAACACCUCCCGACUAUCCUAGAGUCCAUUCGCGAUAUUCGUCGCCAUGAUAUCGGCGAUGAGCGCGCCCGUCGCGAAGAGAUAGCGGGGAGUACGGUCGAUGAGGAUUAUGCUAAUAUUGUGAAGGCCAAACGCGACGAGCGUGAAAAGAUCUGGCAGGAAGAAGAACGCAAACGAAUAGAAAUUGAGGAAGAAGAGGAGCGGCGGAGGGAGGAAGAGGAACGGAAGCAGCGCGAAAUCCAGCGUCAAAAAGACGAUGAAGAGCGAGCUAGGAAGCGCGAGCGUGAUGAAAAAUGGCGUGCAGAACAGCGGGCUCUGGAUGAGCAACGAGAAAAAGAGCGCCAGGAACGGUACGAGCGACGGCGACGUGAAGACCGGGAUAGGUAUCGGGAUUGGGGAUAUCGUGACCGAGAUCGCAGCCGCACAAGGGACAAGGACUUGGAUAGAGAUCGUGAUAGGGACAGGGACAGGGACAGGGACCGAGAUCACCCUCGUUACCGUGACCGCUCCCCCGGCUACCGCUCCGAUCGUGGUGUAUCACCUCAUAUCAAAGACUCCCGAAACGAGAAAACUCCAGUAUCGAAAGAACCUACUCCCCCGCCAGCGCCCGUGGAUGAGAAGGCUUUGGAAGAGGCCGCCUUGCAGCUCCUCCUGAAGGAAGGCGAAGAAUUAGCCGCGAAGGCCCGACAAAAGCCGGAGUUCGAUUUCGAGGAAGCCGAGGCGAUUGAAAACGGACUGAAGCCAACGACAAACAAACCUAAGGAGGCCUCGGAGUCGAAGUUCUCUAAUACUCCUACUAAAUCAGGCAGUCCAGCUGUUGACCCAGAACAUAGCCGUCGGCGUGGAUCAACAGUGGCCGACGGCCGAAGCCGGAGGCGCGAUGAGAGCCGCAGCCGUUCGAGAAGGAGAGGAUCGCGAUUUGAUGAUGACCGUAACGUCCGAUCACGGGAUGCAUCUAACAGACCCCGAGACCGUGAUUCAGACAGUAAAGUCCCAAUUCGCGACUACCGGGCGGACCGCUACGGUGAUCGAAGCUAUCGACCAAACCGCCGCAGUAGGAGCCGGUCUACCGCUCGGACUUACGACAGAGACCGUGACCGCGACCGUGAUCGCACAGAUCGGGACAGGGAUAGAGACCGGGACUGGGAUAGGGACAGAAGGUCAGACCGAGACCGAGACCGUAUACGAGAUGACCGGGAUAGAGAUGAUGACCGCCGUCGGGACCGAAGUCGCGAUCGUGGUAGGGAUAGACCGGCCUAUGAUAGUUAUCGCCGGCGAUACAGCCACUAUUCUCGCUCACCGUCACGUCCGCGCUCACCCCAUCGGGACCGAGAUCGUGACAGGGUACGAGAAAGGGAAGGAGACAGGGAUAAGUCAAGAGAACGAGAGAGGGACCGGGAAAGAGAUCGGGUUCGAGAUAGGGACAGAUCGAGAGACAGAGAGAGAGAUAGAAAUCGUGAACGGGAGCGAGAGCGCGACAGGGAUAGGCCAUCUGAGAGAGACAGAGAGAGAGAACGAGACAGAGACAGGACUAGCGAUCGUGACCGUGAUCGUGAUCGGACAGAGAAGGACAACGAUCGCGAGCGAGACCGUGACCGUGACCGCGACAGAGAUCGAGAUCGCGGCAGGGACAGGGAAAGAAAGCCCUCUACUUCACCACGCCGUCGUUCCCGUUCUCGACGGCACUCUCCAAGCAUGCUCGACAUCGACCGCUACGUCCCAUCUACCAGCCAUCGAAGCCGUUCUCCGCGUCGACGGUUCCGGUCCCCAGAGCGCCCUGAGGAGCGGUCUCGUGGCUUCAUUGAGAUAGACCGGUAUAUGCCGGGCGGAGGAGAGCGAGAUCGAGAGAAUCCGCGCGAUCCGAAUCAGAAGGCGCAGAGUUGGCGGCCUGGCAAUGCAGACGAGAAGACCUCAUCAAGGGAGUAG